UUUAAGGUGCCGAAGAUUGAAGAAAGAUGCAGUGCCUACCAUACCUUCUAAGAACCUUCCCAUGAAGCGUGUAUCAUCAGAGAUGGAGUUCAACUCGAACUCGAUCUCUGAUGAUAUAGGUUCAUCAGACCCAUUCUCGAACUUCGAGAAUGGGUCUGAUGAACCUAGGCCUAGCACAAGCAGUGGUGCUGUUGGUGGAAGAUCAGCUUACAAGAAAAGAGAGAGGAAGAGGUUAUUAUUGCAGGUACUAGAUGACAGCAAGCCCGCAGCAACUGAUGAGCAGCAAGAUUCGCCAAAUGAGCCUAACCCAGAUCUGGAUGUAUCAAGUUCUUUACCUGAAGCUGAAGUCGAGUCACCUCUAAUGGUCACACCAAUAUCUCUGCCACGACUAGAGGCAUUUACUCCAGUCAUUCCGAGAUCUGAGCCAAGAUCAAGAGGACGCCCUAAAAAGCAGACAACUGUAAGAUCAAAAGCAACUGAGUGCAACAUAGCUGGACUGCCUCCAUUGACUCUGUUGCCUCCCAAAGAUGCCCAAGUACCAGAUGUACCAGAUGAAAGUGUAAACAUCCAGGGGAAUUUGCCGUCUCCAGCCAAGUUGAUUCCAUAUACCAUGCCAUGGGGAGAGCUUCUUUGA